CUAGAAGAUAGGCAAUUUUUCUUUGUUUUAGUCAAUCUGCACAGCAGCCUUGGAGUUCUAAUCUCAGCAUCAAUCCAUCCGGGUUCCCAGUUCCCACCAUAUAGAUCACAUUUCACACUCAUACUCUUCAUCUUCAUCUUCAAUUAGGCGUCAUCUGCACCUUUCUUCAGGUAAUUCCAUUAUUUUCAUCUCCAUUUUCGCAUUGCUUUGUUUUUCAUCACUAAAAUUGUUCUACGAUUAAACAAUUCCCAAUUCCCAAUUUCCAAUUUCAUUCAAUUAGCCCAAAAAAUGAAUUUCACACUCACCCCAAAAUUACCAUCUUCAGUCCUCUUUUCCUCUCCUGGUUCCCAAAAUAAACCCCCAUAUUCAAUCUGUUUCCCUUCAAAAAUACCCCAAUUUAAACUCCUUACAUCCUCUUUACAUUGCAAUUCAACCCAUCAAACUAAUUCUUUACCUUCAGACAUUGAUAUGGUACAAAUAAACGAAGGUAUCUUUGCACCAAAACAAACAAAGGUUGUUGUUUUAUGGGAUUUGGAUAAUAAGCCGCCUCGAGGACCACCGUACGAAGCCGCCAUUGCCCUUAAAAGUCUUGCGUCUCUUUUCGGAGACGUUGUUGAUUAUUCUGCUUAUGCUAAUCGCCAUGCGUUUUCUCAUCUUCCUACUUGGGUCCUUGAGGAAAGGCGUGAAAGGAGACAUUUGGAUGUUCUUGAAAGAACUGGUAAAGUUACACCUUCGCAACCUUAUGUUUGUAGUGUUUGUGGUAGGAAGUGUAAGACUAAUUUGGAUUUGAAGAAACAUUUUAGACAAUUACAUGAAAGAGAGAGGCAAAAGAAGCUUAGUAGGAUGAAACAAUUGAAGGGUAAGAAGAGACAGAGGUUUAAAGAGAGGUAUUUGGAUAAGAAUUAUAAGUUUGAAGAAGCUGCUAGAACUUUGAUUACUCCUAAAGUUGGGUAUGGGCUAGCUAGAGAGUUAAGGAGAGCUGGGGUUUAUGUGAAGACAGUGGAGGAUAAGCCACAAGCUGCGGAUUGGGCUUUGAAGAGACAAAUGAUGCAUUCUAUGAGUAGAGGGAUUGAUUGGUUGUUUUUAGUUUCGGAUGAUUCGGAUUUUCGAGAUAUGUUGAGGAGGGCGAGGGAGGAGGCGAGUUUAGGGACUGUUGUUGUGGGGGAUAGGAAUGGGGUGUUAGGGAGGAAUGCAGAUUUGUGGGUUUCAUGGAGUGGAGUGGAGAAUGGAAAGGUGAGUGAGAAGGAUUUGGUGCCUAAUAGGGUGAAUGUGGGUGAUUGGGGUGAUGAUUGUUUGGAAAGGCAAGAUGGGUUGUUUUCGAUUUCAGAGUUUGAUGAGGGGCUUGAGGGUGAGAGUGAUUUGGAUCAUAUUGUGAAUGAGGUUCUUCCAAGUGAGGAGUCUAAUGUUGAGACUGGAAGAUUCUCAGCUUUUUCCGAGGGCGAAGAAGAUGAUGAAUGGUUGGAUGAUGAGGAUGAGGAUGAUGAUGACUAUGAAGAUGAAUUUUAGGAAGAAGAUACAUGAUGGUAGUUGUGAUGAUCUUUUUAGCUGCCGGUUACUUGUUUGAAUAGUUAAAAACAAAUCAUGUGGCCAUUGAAGGUGGAUUUCUCUUACUGGUGUCCCAAAUCCAACGUGUUCCUUUUGGAGAUUAUAUUAUGUGUGUUGAUUUUGGGACUUAUAGAGUGGAAUAUUCGAAUUCAAACGAGAAGUUACCAAUAUCAGGCAUCAAAGAAAGGUUGUGCAGGACGUGAGGUUUGUAUCACUGAACAGCAGCAUUUACUUAUCCAUGUGGUAUCAUGUUUGGCAUGUUUAUCCUGGAAUGACUAGCUUAGAGCUCACUUAUUAUAGAAAAACUUCAGGAAAGCUUUUCCCUUUGUGUUUGUGCAUUUUGUAUAUGACAAACAAAUUGUUGUAGGUGUUAUGGUUUUUUUUUUUAAUCCUAAUUCCUAAUUAAUAAAGUUUAUAUAAUAAUGGUUUCAAUCAAUGUUAUGUGGUUAUUGUAAGGAUAUGUCUAUAACCUCCUCCAAUCCGAAUGUCUACAACCUCCUCCACAAUUUUCAUACUGCAGAAAAACUGAAUUGGCAAAAGUUGGUGGGAGUCAUUGUAAGGAUAUGCAUUCACAAUUUGUUUGGUGUGAAAUACUUUAUGCAACACUUAUGAAAUUGUGUA